AUUAAAGCGGAGGGUGUGACAGGGGACAGGGGAGGGGGGGAUAGGAAGGGUUAAGACUUUCGGAUAUACAGAGGAAGAAUGGAGAGAGUGCUCCCCGCUCUGAUCCUGCUCCUGAUCCCUGCGGCCUCAGGGCGGUUUCAGGUACAAUCUCCGGUUAAAGAGCUGGUGGCGGAGGUGGGAUCGGACGUUCUCCUGCCCUGCACCCUCACCCCCGGGUUGCCCGAGUCGGGGCUGGAGGUGCGUUGGUUCCAUAACCUUUUUAACAACGUUGUCUUUAUGCUGAAGGAUGGAAUUGAGGGCCGGCAGCAGCAGAGCGCAAAUUACCGGGGGAGGACAUCCAUGAAGGAGAAGCCGGCCAGUGGGAAUCUAUCACUUGUUCUGCGCAACGUCCGACUCUCCGAUGCUGGGAAAUACCAUUGCUUCGUCGAGAAUAGCAGCACAGUGGUCUAUGAAGAGGACUCCAUGGACCUCAAUGUUGUGGGUUUAGGGUCUCCACCCCUUGUAUCUGUUGCCCUUCAGGACAGCGCCGUGGUUGUCUCCUGUUCCUCUGAUGGUUGGUUUCCAACACCCACAUUCUUCUGGAAGAAGGAGAACAGAGUCCCUGAAGCCACCGAUCCAGAGACCGAAGUAGACAAGAAUGAGCUGAUCCGGGUGAAGGGUCGUAUUGUUCUGAAGGACUCCUCAGAGGGACCGGUCUACUGUGGACUGAGACACAACGUCACCGGGAAGGAAACCGGCUUAUAUGUCACUGUCUCAGAUGCCAUAUUUCCUCGCACCUCGCCUUGGGCGAUCGUCUUCUGGUUACUCCUCUUGUGCACCAUCGCUAUUUCCGCCAUGAUGGCUUGGCUUCUGUACUCGAAACAAAAGAGGAAAGAGAUGCUGCUGAAGGAGAAGGAAGUUCUCAUCGAACAUCUGAAAUGGGAGGUUGAAUGGAGAACAAUAGCUUCCAGGAAAGAAUCCAUUUCGUUUGAUCCUUUCACUGCGUACGCCGGUCUCAUCGUCUCUCCUGAUGGUCGCCACAUUUCAACCAGUGAAAAUGUACAAAAUGUUCCCCAAAACAGUGUGAGGUUUGACAUGGAGCCCUGUGUACUCGGUCAGCAGUCUUUCUGGGAGGGUGCUCACUACUGGGAGACGGAAAUCCACGAGCAAAACGGAAAAUUUUGGUCUGUCGGGGUGGCCUUGGAAAGUGUGAGGAGGACAGGAGGGCAGCGGGAGUGUCCAGAAGCCGGUAUAUGGGCCAUCAGAGGGACAAAGGAAGGUUACUAUGCUCUUCUUACACCUCCAGAGCUUAUUGAUUUACGUUCUCACGCACAGAGGCCACAGGAACCUGUUUUACUCAGUGGAGUACAGGAAUCAAGACGAAUACAGAGAGUUGGGACGUAUCUAGACUAUGACGAUGGAAGGGUUUCGUUUUAUGACGUGGACACCUAUGAGCCCCUCUACACCUUUCGAGGGCAAUUUUCUCACCAUGUGUAUCCGUUUUACUAUGUUGGUCCUGGAAUAUCUUUUUCAUUGUAGAACAAGAGUCCAUAGGGAAAUCGGCAAUGACCUCAACUCUAGAGGUGGAAGCAACCUCAAUGUCCAAGGACCACCAUAUUGAUCUUUUUCCCAGUGGUCCAUAUGGAGCUUUGGUUGCUAAUUUUCAGACAUACUUUACAGCACGUGGCUAUAGGAAUGGUUGAGCCAACUGAGAGGUAUUCACGAGAGAAGGAUUGGGGCGGAUCACCUCUCCAUAGACACUAGACUACACGAAGGUACUUGGCAAGGAAUGAUGGACUCUGUUGGUGUCACACUUUCGUUGAUUCCAUCUGUGGUGACCCAGUACAGAAUCAUGUGUUCUUCUGUGUUCCUGCCCAUCCUGUGUGGCAGAUGCUGCUUCAAUGUCCAUUUUGGGCCCACAUUCCUCAGGACUCUAUAUUAUACCUUGUUUUUAGGGGAGUAUGCAGAAAUGGACCAUGUGACUUAUCUGCCCAAUGGGAAUGCUCAAAACCUGCUCCAUAUAUAGAGUAACUAGAAUUCAGAGUACAGUUGUAGCUGAGAUACAGUUGAGAGAAGUCUGAAGAGUCUGUGAGGUGAUUCUGAAGGAGGCCUGAGGACUAGUCAUGGAACAACACAUCUACUACCAGUUGACCCCUGUGCCUGGGUGAAAGUCAAAGCCUGGCGGUAAGCACUAAAGUCCAGGGAUCAAUUCAAGUCAAGUCAGUCAAGUCCAAGUAACUAAAGUCUAGCGUGGGUUGCAUACAAGUCAACUAUUAGUCCCAGCAUAAGCUUCUCAAAGUUCCCCCUGCAUCUUCUACAUGCUAAUCUGAGCUGUAACGGAUUGUACCAUCUUUCCAACCUCAGUAAAGCCAGUAAUCCGUAACCUUGAGUUGGAGUGAUUAUUUCCCCCAUGUCUGGCACAGGAGAAGCUGGUCUACCUUGGGUGGCGUAUAGGUCAACCACGCCCAUGCGUCACAAAAUGGUUAAUUCACACAUUACCCUCAUCCGACACCACACAUCGUGUAGCCCACAGGUUAUACAAAUGCACAAUACAAAAACAAGAUGGAAUAAUAAAAAAAAUGUUUCUCAAUUAGGAUUCCGUGCGAGUGCAGUAGAGGAACUUACCGAGAAGCCAUCGAUCUGGAGCUAUGACUGACAAGCUUCUACAAGGCUUCACCGGUGACUCCUGAUCAAUCAUCGCAGAUUGUUAUUGAUCUUUUUGGGUGGAUUAUAAUUGGAGCGUUUCGGGUGAAAAGCUCGGGUGCCAAGAUCUGUCCUGUACAAUCUCACUGAUUACAAUGAUGACCUUGAGAAAAAAUGACGUGCGGCUUAGGGAAGGGGAACUCUGUAGGUUCCUUUUAAGGACUGGGAGAUGUUUUUGCUGUUUUGCUGCCUAUACUUACUUAUAUGUGAUUUGCUGUGUACGAAAAACAAUUGAAUGAUGGAAAUAAUCCUAAAUAAAUUUAGGAAAAUGGAACAAACAGUAAAAUAUUAAUUAAUUCAUUAAUAAAUAAAUAAAUAAAAAUAAAAAAAUAAAAAGAAACACACACACACAUAUAUGCAUAUAUAAGAAACAAGCAGUAAAGUGGGU